AUGGGCCUGCUGCAUGGACACCCUCAAUGUCUGGAUUAUGGGCCCCCCUUCCAGCCCCGCCUGCACCUCAAGUUUUGCUCUGACUACGAGUCCUUCGGCUGCUGUGACCAGCACAAGGACAGCCGCAUUGCUGCUCAGUACCAGGACAUCAUGGAGUACUUUGAUCUGAAGAGCCAUGAAUUGUGUGGAGGUUACAUUAAAGAUAUCCUUUGUCAGGAGUGCUCACCCUAUGCAGCCCACCUCUACCAUGCUGAGAACCUGCAGACGCCCCUGCGCAACCUGCCCGGUCUCUGUUCGGACUACUGCUCUGCAUUCCAUUCUAGCUGCCACUCUGCCAUCUCCCUGCUGACCAAUGACCGUGGCCUCCAGGAGUCCCAUGUGAAGGAUGGCGCCCGCUUCUGUCACCUCCUCAACCUUCCUGACAAGGACUAUUGCUUCCCCAAUGUCCUGAGGAACGACCAUCUCAACCGCAACCUGGGAGUGGUGACCCAGGACCCUCAGGGCUGCCUGCAGCUCUGCCUGACCGAGGUGGCCAAUGGUCUGAGGAACCCGGUCUGCAUGGUCCAUGCUGGGGACGGCACUCAUCGCUUCUUUGUGGCUGAGCAGAUAGGAGUGGUGUGGGUUUAUCUCCCUGAUGGGAGUCGCCUGCAACAACCCUUCUUGGACCUCAAGAACAUCGUGCUGACCUCUCCGUGGAUUGGGGAUGAGAGAGGCUUCUUGGGGCUAGCUUUUCACCCCAAAUUCCACCGCAACCGCAAGUUCUAUAUUUAUUAUUCAUGUCUGGUCAAAAAGAAGGUAGAAAAAAUCCGGAUUAGUGAGAUGAAAGUUUCUCGUGCUGAUCCCAACAAAGCUGACCUGAAAUCAGAGAGAGUCAUCUUGGAGAUAGAAGAACCAGCUUCAAAUCAUAAUGGUGGGCAGCUUCUUUUUGAUGUAGAUGGCUACAUGUACAUAUUUACUGGGGAUGGAGGACAGGCUGGGGAUCCCUUUGGCAAGUUUGGAAAUGCUCAAAACAAAAGUUCCCUGCUGGGAAAAGUGUUAAGGAUUGAUGUGAAUGGGGCAGGCUCAGAUGGCAAGCGGUACCGAGUCCCAUUGGACAAUCCAUUUGUUUCCGAGCUAGGGGCCCACCCUGCCAUCUAUGCCUAUGGGGUCAGAAACAUGUGGCGCUGUGCUGUGGACAGAGGGGACCCCAUAACACACCAGGGCCGAGGCCGAAUGUUCUGUGGGGACGUGGGUCAGAACAGAUUUGAAGAAAUUGAUCUCAUCGUUAAAGGCGGGAACUAUGGCUGGAGAGCAAAGGAAGGGUUUGAAUGUUAUGACAAAAAACUUUGUCACAAUGCCUCUUUGGAUGACAUCCUGCCCAUCUAUGCAUAUGGCCAUGCCGUGGGGAAGUCAGUGACUGGAGGAUAUGUCUACCGUGGGUGUGAAUCCCCAAAUCUCAACGGCCUCUACAUCUUUGGGGACUUCAUGAGUGGUCGACUUAUGGCUUUGCAGGAAGAUAGAAAAACCAAGAAAUGGAAGAAGCAGGACAUUUGCCUGGGCAGCACCACGUCCUGUGCCUUCCCAGGACUGACCAGUCCCCACAGCAAGUUCAUCAUCUCCUUUGCUGAAGAUGAAGCAGGGGAGCUGUAUUUCCUGGCCACCUCUUACCCAAGUGCCUAUGCACCACACGGAUCUAUUUACAAGUUUGUUGACCCCUCGAGGCGGGCACCCCCAGGAAAGUGUAAAUACAAGCCAGUAGCGGUGAAAACCAAGAGUGAGAGGAUCCCCUUCAGGCCGCUUGCCAAGACAGUCCUGGACUUGCUGAAGGAGCAAUCAGAGAAAGCUGCUAGAAAAUCUUCCAGUGCAACUGUAGCUUCCAGCUCAGACCAGGCUUCAUCACAGAAAGGCUCUGCCAAGAAGCUGGGGUCACCAGCAAGUAACAAGAAAACAUUUGCGAAGAAGAAAGCCACGGGGGGUUCCCCAGGCACCCAGGGGAGGAAGCAGAAGAGCCGGAAAGGCCAAAGUGGCAGGAUGAGGCCGUUGGCAGAGCAGAGGCGAGCUGGCAGAAGUCUCCCUUGACUUUUUGGUCAGGGUGGCCCAACAGGGUGAGAGAGGAAACCACCUCGCCAAGCACAGGCCGCUGCUGAGGGGGGACAGGCAGAGAGCACUCGGCUCAGGGCCCCAUUGUCUUCCUCUCUCUGGGAAAUAUUGCUGUCUCCUGAGUGACCCAAUGCACCUUGUCUGUAUGUAGUGCUGCUGCAGGGAUGACCGCACCCCACGUUGCCAGUGCCCUUGGGUCAUUGUGUGCACCAAUCUAUAAACCUGCUUGGAAUCCCACUGGAUGCCUCCAUUUUGCCUUGUAGACCUGAAGUAAUAAAUCCGUGUUUGCUCAAAUUGACAUGUAUCCUUUGAUCUCUUGAUAACCUGUCUGACCUUAGGAAACUUAGCAUGCCUCACUAUACCUGCCUAAGAACUGCACUUCACUCUCCUGCCUCAAAAAUGCCCUCUCCAGGCCAAAACUCAUGAAGUGAACAAGACCAGGGUCA